AUGAAUUCAUGCCGGAUCGGGCAAGUAAAAUUAGACCACGAUAGCAUGUCAACUUCUGCAAAGCCUCGUUUCUUGAACUUUGCCCCUCUGCAAAAACAGCACUUGACCACAUUGAAAGGCUUAAUAGUUUUAUUCCUCGAUGGGUUGCCAAUCCUCACGCACAAAUUGAGAUCACCUGGAAGCUCCAAGUCGAAAAUUCUCAAGUACCUCAAGGCUUACGUUUGCUCAUGUGGCUUACCAAGAAAGAAUCAAUGGGAUGUGUGUCUAUUAGAAGAAUUUGCUUCGCCAAGUACUAAGUGCAACGUUAGCUUCAAGGUGAACUCGCCUUCACCUCCGAUUCUUACCGACUACAGGUAG